AUGCGCAUGAGCCGAUUGUUCAGCCAGACGCUGCGAGACGUGCCCGGCGAAGCCGAGCUGCCGAGUCAUCAACUGCUGCUCAAGGCCGGUCUGGUGCGGCCCCUGUCGGCGGGCAGCUACAGCUACCUGCCCCUGGCACGGCGGGCGCUGACGAAGAUUGAGGACAUCAUCCGCGAGGAGAUGGACGCCAUCGGCGGCCAGGAGAUCACCAUGCCGGUGGUGCACCCGGCGUCGCUGUGGCAGGAGACGGGGCUGUGGUAUCAGGUCGGGCCGGAGAUGGCGCGCUUCAAGGACCGCGCCGAGCGCGACAUGGUACUGGCUAUGACGCACGAAGAGGUGAUCGCCGACCUGGUGCGGCAGGAGGUGCGCUCGUACCGGCAGUUGCCGUGCCUGCUGUACCAGAUCCAGACGAAGUACCGCGACGAGCCGCGGGCGCGCGGCGGGCUGAUCCGCGUGCGCGAGUUCACCAUGAAGGACAGCUACAGCCUGGACGCCGACUGGAAGGGCCUCGAUGCUCAGUACCGGGCGCAUUACCAAGCGUAUUUCAACAUCUUCCAGCGCUGCCAUGUGCCGGUGAUUGCGGUGCGUUCCGACGUCGGCAUGAUGGGCGGCCAGAUGGCGCACGAGUAUAUGUACCUGAACCCCAUCGGCGAGGACACCCUGGUGCUGUGCAACGGCUGUGGCUACGCCGCGAAUCGCCAAGUGGCGGCGGCACGGCUGCCGGCGGCCGAAGCGGAGGCGCCGUUGCCGAGUGAGCCGGUGGCAACGCCGGAUACACCGACAAUCGAGGCGCUGGCCGAGCUUUUGCGAGUGCCGACGGCGCGCACGGCCAAGGCCGUGUUCUUCAUGGCCACCAUUGCCGGCGGCGGAGGCGAGGCAGACCGCGAGCGCUUCGUGUUUGCCGUGGUGCGCGGCGACAGCGAGUUGAACGAGACGAAGCUCGCCAACGCCAUCGGCGCCCGCGACCUGCGGCCGGCGCGCGGGGAGGAGAUUCGCGCCGUCGGAGCCGAACCGGGGUACGCCUCGCCGGUCGGGCUGCGGGCGGACGAUCUGCUGUUGGUAGUGGACGAAAUAAUCCCCCAGUCGCCCAAUUUGGUCGCCGGCGCCAACAAGCCCGGUUAUCACCUGCGGAACACGAACUAUGGGCGCGAUUACACCGCGGCGCACGUGGCGGACCUCGUGCUGGCGCGCGGCGGCGACGCCUGCGCGCAGUGCAGCGGGACGCUGCGCACCUCGCGCGGUGUCGAAGUCGGCAACAUCUUCAAGCUGGGCACGCGCUACACCGAGGCGCUGGGGGCCGUGUUCCUGGACAGCGACGGCACCAGCAAGCCGGUCAUCAUGGGCUCCUACGGCAUCGGCAGCGGACGGCUGCUGUCCUGCGUCAUCGAGGAGCACCACGACGAGCGUGGCAUCCGCUUUCCGGUCAGUAUUGCGCCCUACCACGUCUCAUGCGUCGCGCUGUUGCAGCGGGCGCCGGAAGUCGCCGAGGCAGCCGAUCGCCUGUACCAAGAGGCAUGGUCGCAGGGUGUGGAAAUGCUAUUGGACGACCGCGACGCCACCCCCGGCGUGAAGUUCAACGACGCCGACCUGAUCGGCCUGCCGCUGCGGCUCACCCUCGGAGCGCGCUCGCUGCGCCAGGGCGGCGCGGAACUGAAAUCGCGCGACAGCGAGGAGAGCCGCAUCGUGCCGCUGGACGAAGUGGUGCCGACGCUGCGGGCCGAAGUGGAUCGCCUGCUGGCGGAAAGCCGGGGGAGGGUAACAGCGGUGCCGUAUGCAGACUAA